CGCUGUGCUCUCGCGGAUGUCUCGUACCCAUGGGCACUGGAUAUCCACACACAUAUUGGCGCCAUUUUGGAGCUAGAGGAGGGGGAAGAGAGCUGCAGAGGAGGACACGAUUGAUCACAAUUCAUCGUAACAGGCAGUGAAGAGCUAAAGAGGAUGGCUCACUCUAAAGCUCGAGCUGCAGACGGGAAGGUGACCUACCCUCCAGGGGUCAAGGAGAUAUCUGACAAAAUCUCCAAGGAGGAAAUGGUUCGCAGGUUAAAGAUGGUUGUGAAAACUUUCAUGGACAUGGACCAGGACUCAGAAGAAGAAAAGGAGCUGUACCUGAACCUAGCCCUCCACCUGGCCUCAGACUUCUUCCUCAAACAUCCAGACAAGGAUGUGCGUCUGCUGGUGGCCUGCUGUCUGGCAGACAUAUUUAGGAUUUAUGCCCCUGAGGCACCCUACACCUUCCCUGAAAAACUAAAGGACAUCUUCAUGUUUAUCACCAGACAGCUCAAAGGCCUGGAGGACACCAAAAGUGCUCAGUUCAACAGAUACUUCUACCUGCUCGAGAACAUUGCUUGGGUGAAGUCCUACAAUAUUUGCUUUGAGCUUGAAGACAGCAAUGAGAUCUUCACACAGCUAUACAGGACACUCUUCCAGGUCAUCAACAAUGGUCACAACCAGAAGGUGCACAUGCAUAUGGUGGACCUGAUGAGCUCCAUCAUCUGUGAGGGGGACACUGUGUCCCAGGAGCUGUUGGACACCGUCCUGGUCAACCUUGUCCCGGCACACAAGAAUUUGAAUAAACAAGCUUAUGACCUGGCGAAGGCUUUGCUGAAGAGGACAGCCCAGGCCAUUGAACCUUACAUCACCAACUUCUUCAACCAGGUGCUGAUGCUGGGGAAGACCUCGGUCAGUGACCUGUCUGAACAUGUGUUUGACCUCAUUUUGGAGCUUUACAACAUUGACAGCCAUCUGCUCCUGUCUGUGCUGCCACAGCUGGAAUUCAAACUCAAGAGUAAUGAUAAUGAUGAGAGGCUGCAGGUGGUAAAGCUGCUGGCGAAGAUGUUUGGAGCCAAGGACUCGGAGCUGGCUGCACAGAACAAACCACUCUGGCAGUGUUACCUGGGGAGGUUCAAUGACAUCCAUGUACCCAUCAGACUGGAGUGUGUGAAGUUUGCCAGUCACUGUCUGAUGAACCACCCAGACUUGGCCAAAGACCUCACAGAAUUCUUAAGGGUCAGGUCACAUGACCCGGAGGAGGCCAUCCGCCAUGAUGUCAUUGUCUCCAUAGUAACCGCAGCCAAGAAGGACUUGUCUCUAGUCAAUGAUGCAUUGCUUAACUUUGUGAAGGAAAGGACACUUGACAAAAGAUGGCGGGUACGUAAGGAAGCCAUGAUGGGCCUGGCAUCCAUCUACAGAAAGUACUCUCUGCAGGGAGAGGGAGGCAGGGAGGCUUCGAAGCAGAUUUCCUGGAUCAAAGACAAGCUGCUCCAUAUCUAUUACCAGAACAGCAUUGACGACAGGUUACUGGUGGAACGUGUCUUUGCCCAGUACAUGGUUCCCCACAACCUGGAAACAGCAGAGAGGAUGAAGUGUCUCUAUUACCUGUAUGCUACACUGGACACAAACGCGGUCAAAGCUCUGAAUGAAAUGUGGAAAUGCCAGAAUAUGCUACGAAACCACGUCAAAGACCUGUUGGACUUAGUCAAAAAACCCAAGUCUGAAACCUCAAGCAAAGCUGUGUUUGCCAAGGUCAUGGUGAUUACGAGAAAUUUGCCCGACCCAGGCAAAGCCCAGGACUUUGUGAAGAAGCUGGCCCAGGUGUUGGACGAUGAUGAGCGAAUAAGAGAUCAGCUGGAAACUUUAGUCAGUCCCAGCUGCUCCUGCAAACAGGCUGAAGUUUGUGUGAAAGACAUCACCAAAAAGCUUGGCAGUCCAAAACAGCCCAGUAAUCCCUUCCUGGAAAUGGUCAAGUUCCUUCUGGAGAGGAUCGCUCCUGUACACAUAGACACAGAAUCCAUCAGUGCUUUGAUAAAACAAGUCAACAAAUCUAUAGAAGGGACGGCCGAUGACGAGGAAGAGGGCGUCCCUACAGAAGAGGCCAUCAGAGCAGGGCUGGAACUACUCAAGGUGCUGUCGUUCACCCAUCCCGUGUCGUUCCACUCUGCAGAGACGUUUGAGUCUCUGCUGGGAUGUUUGAAGAUGGACGACGAGAAGGUGGCCGAGGCUGCUCUGCAGAUCUUCAAGAACACAGGCAGCAAGAUGGAAGAGAGUUUCCCUCACAUUAAAUGUGUUUUACUGCCAGUGCUGCAGGCGAAAGCCAAGAGAGGCCCGCCUCGCCAGGCCAAGUAUGCAAUCCACUGCAUCAAUGCCAUGUUCACCAACAGAGACACACACUUUGCCCAAAUCUUUGAGCCUCUGCACAAAGGCCUGGACACUUCUAACCUGGAGCAGCUCAUCACUCCCCUGACCACCCUUGGUCACCUGGCACAGCUGGCCCCAGAACAGUUCGCUGCACCGCUAAAAUCUCUAGUUGCCAACUUCAUCGUUAAAGAUCUGCUCAUGAAUGACAGGGUACACACUGUAGCUACAAUUCCAGGCAAAAAGACGACCAAACUUUGGGUUCCGGAUGAUGAAGUGUCCCCGGAGACCAUGGCCAAGAUCCAGGGCAUUAAGCUGAUGGUCAGGUGGCUGCUGGGAGUGAAGAACAACCAGAGCAAAUCGGGCAACUCCACCCUGAGGAUGCUGACUGCAAUACUGCACAGUGACGGAGACUUAACAGAACAGGGACGGAUGGGUAAACCAGACAUGUCCAGGCUGCGGCUGGCAGCAGCAUGUGCCCUGCUGAAGCUGGCUCAGGAGCCUUGUUAUCACGAGAUAAUCACGCUGGAGCAGUAUCAGCUAUGUGCCCUCGUCAUCAACGAUGAGUGCUACCAGGUGCGACAGUGUUUUGCUCAGAAGCUUCACCGCGGCCUGUGCCGCCUCCGUCUUCCUUUGGAAUACAUGGCAGUGUUCGCUCUGUGUGCCAAGGAUCCGGUGAAAGAGCGGAGAGCUCACGCUCGCCAGUGUCUGGUGAAAAACGUCAACAUACGGCGAGAGUACCUCAAACAGCACGCGGCCAUCAGUGACAAGCUGCUGUCUCUACUUCCUGAGUAUGUAGUGCCGUACACCAUCCACCUCCUGGCACACGACCCCGACUACGUCAAAGUACAAGACAUCGAACAGCUCAAAGAAAUCAAAGAGGCUCUGUGGUUCGUUCUGGAGAUCAUCAUGGCCAAGAAUGAGAACAACAGUCACGCCUUCAUCAGGAAAAUGGUGGAGAAUAUUAAACAGACGAAAGACGCUCAGUGUCCCACCGAUGUCAAAACUAAUGAGAAGCUGUACACGGUGUGUGACGUAGCCAUGAACAUCGUCAUGUCAAAGAGCACCACCUACAGUCUGGAAUCCCCGAAAGAUCCUGUGCUGCCUUCAAGUUUCUUCACUAAACCAGACAAGAAUUUCAGCAACACAAAAAAUUAUCUCCCAGCUGAGAUGAAGUCGUUCUUUACACCAGGAAAGCCCAAGGCGGCCAACGUUUUAGGCGCAGUAAACAAACCGCUGUCAUCGGCCGGGAAACAGAUUCAGAGCAAAGCUUCUCGUAUGGAAACCGCCAGCAACGACGACUCCUCGUCCAACCCGGGUUCACCACAGCGCACCAAGACCAGGCUCGACAGCAAAGAAAUGGAUCACAGUGAAAACGAAGAUUUCAGCCUGAAGAGUUUGGACAGCACUGACAAGGAAAUUGAAAAACCCCGGGGUCGCAAACGCGGCGUCACCUCCGCUGAUGACCAGGACAGCAAACCCAAGCGCGGGAGGAAAAAGGCCUCGGUGAACACAACUGCGGUAGCCGAAUCUGAGGACUUAUGGGACGAAGACAACCGGCCGGAGGACGAACAGAACAGCCCGCCCAAAAAGCGCAGGGGUCGCCCUCCGAAGUCUGCGUCCAGUCAGGACACGCCUGUCAAGGGGAAAAGAGGAAGGAAGAAGGCAGCGCCGCCACCCGAGGAUGACGACGAAGAUGAGGAGGAAGAAGAAGAGGAAAGGGAAGAGGAGGAGCCGGAGGAAGAGGAGGAAGAGGACGACGACAGGAGCAGCGAAAGUAUGGAGGUGAAGAGCAAAGGAGGAAGGCAAACGAGGACACCGCGGCGAUCACAGGGCUCUGACUCGACAGAGUUCACACCACAGAAGAGGAGAGGACGUCCACCCAAAUCAGCCCAGCCACCUGCAAAGAAACCAGCCCGUGGUGGGCGAUCGAAGGCAGCUGCUUCUAAAGACGACUCUGGGGAGGAAGAUGAAGAGGAGGAGGAACAGGAGGAGGAGCCAACGCCCAAGGGUCGUAAGAAGGCAGCAGGGCGACGAAGAUGAGCUCGAACAGGAACAACGACAGGAGCCCUUGCUUUCUUUUACGCUAAAGUCUUGGAGGAAUGUUGUAGGAAAGAAAAAAAAAACAUGGACAUGAACUUUUUAAACUUUUCAUACGCCGAUGCCCCCUACUGUUACACAGGUUCACACACUUGCAUAUGCCACACGCACACUGCGUCAGUACACCCCUGCCAUCAGCUGUGGUUCGUUGCGUUGUGCUGCAUUGUGACGACGUUUGCCACAUUAAGUAGAUCUACUUUUAACAGGAAAAAAAAUGACAAAAAAUCCCUUCUUGUAAAUAGUCUGGUGUUUGUUUCAUGUUCUGUUGUUGUGUUUUUGAUGCUGACUGGACGGAUGCUGCACAGCCUUUACCCACUCUUAUUAUUGUUAUUAUUAUUAAAGUGCUCCCAUAAAGCAUUAUCAAUGAUCAAUGCUCCCACUUUGUCCUCCUUUUAAAGAGAUUAACCUUUACCAUGGUCAUCUUGUGUGAUGUCAUUUUAUUUUGGAAGGACGACAUAAAUUUUUGUAAACGCUCUUUUUUUUUUACUACGUAUUAAAAAAACGUUUCUGAGCUAUGUCCCAACAUGGUUGCCCCUGGAAGAGAAUGUAGUUUUCACCUCAUGUUUAGGUUUGUAUUUACUGAUAGACGGAAGUCAUGAGCAGCUGUGGUUUGUAGUGACGGUCACCGCUGAUGAACUCGGCCUCGCAUCCACCCAGUCACAUCAUCUGUUCUAUCAAUAUAAUUCUCUAUAAAACCUGA